UAACAUUAUAACCUACUACAUACAAAUAAUUGAAACUAAGUGGCAAAAGCAAGCACAUUGUUUUAAUACCUUGUACAACUCAUCCCACCACUUCUCUAAAACCCAAUUCCAAACUCCAAAUCAAAAUCUCACCAAUCAUGUAUUCUUCUUCUUCUUCAUCACCAAGUAACCUUCCAUUGAAGCCGAUCCCCGGCGAUUAUGGCAUGCCAUUGUUCGGAGCCAUCAAAGACCGCUACGACUACUUCUACAACCAAGGCCGAGACAACUUCUUCAAAAUCAGAAUGGAAAAAUACCAAUCCACAGUCUUUCGUACCAAUAUGCCACCCGGAGCUCUCAUUGCCCAAAACCCUAAAGUCAUUGCUCUUCUUGACGCCGAAAGCUUCCCCAUUCUCUUUGACACCACCAAAGUCGCAAAACGCGACGUUUUGGAUGGCACUUACAUGCCCUCUACUGCCUACACCGGUGGCUACCGUAUGUGUGCUUAUUUAGACCCCUCCGAGCCGAACCACGCCACUCUCAAGCGCUACUUCGCAUCCCUACUCGCUUCUAAACAUAACCAAUUCAUACCCCUUUUCCAAAGCUCUCUCUCCGACCUCUUUCCCAAAUUGGAAGAACAAAUCUCCAAAGAUGGCAAGGCAGACUUCAACAGUUUGAGCGACGACAUGUCAUUUAAUUUCGUGUUCGAGCUGUUUUGUGGUCAAAGCCCGUCAAAGACAACGUUAGGAUCCAAGGGGCCUAGCUUGGUCACACUUUGGCUCUUUCCCCAACUUGCCCCUCAGAUCACAUUUGGGUUACCCAAGUUUCUAAUGUUUGCUGAAGAUUUCUUGCUGCACACGUUUUCCUACCCUGCCUUUCUCGUCAAGCCCGCUUAUCAGAAGCUUUACGAUGCGGUUUACGAGUCCGCGGGUUCGGCUUUGGACCUGGCCGAGGGUAAUUUCGGAAUUUCAAGAGAAGAAACUUGUCACAAUCUUUUGUUUUUGGCUGGCUUCAAUGCAUUUGGUGGCAUGAAGCUUUUGUUUCCUGCUUUGAUCAAGUGGGUUGCAUCAGGAGGAGGGAAUUUGCACCGCCAGCUCCGAAAUGAAAUCCGGACCAUUGUUAAAGAAAGUGAAGGUAAGAUUACUCUCUCCACGUUGGAUAAGAUGACUUUGACCAAAUCCGUGGUUUUUGAGGCCUUGAGGAUUGAGCCUCCAGUUCCGUACCAGUACGGGAAGGCCAAGGAGGACAUCGUGGUACAUAGCCACGAUGCGACAUUUGAGAUCAAGAAAGGGGAGAUGAUUUUUGGAAAUCAGAAUUUUGUGGGGAAGGAUCCAAAGGUUUUUGAGAAUCCGGAGGAGUUUGUGGGCAAUAGGUUUGUGGGGGAGGGUGAGAAGUUGUUGAAGUAUGUUUACUGGUCGAACGGUCGUCAGGCAGAUGAUCAUCCAACGGCUGAGAACAAGCAAUGCGCGGGCAAAGAUCUAGUGGUACUCAUGUCUAGGUUAAUGUUGGUGGAGUUUUUCCUUCGAUACGACACAUUUACCGUUGAUUCGGGCACGUUGUUGUUGGGUUCAUCAGUGACGUUCAAAACGUUGACCAAAGCCUCAUGAAUUUGGUCAUGGUCAAAUAUAUUACUUAUUUGUUCUCAACGUAUAUAAGAUAUUAUGGUGAUUUAGUCGAUAUACCUAUAAAUAAGUAAUAACCUUGCACGUCUUAAUAAUUUAUAUGCUUUAAAUUGUUUGAUUUGUGGAUCUCAAAAUGUGAUUAGUGAUAUGUAAAUUUGUAUUUAAAGAAUUGAAUGUAAAGUGGUUAAUUUCAUGUUUCGUCA